AUGGCCAGUAAUGAAGUUGCUAACACAUAUCCUGAAAUCUUAGGCACAAUUGAUACCUCAAAGAGCUAUUUGUACGAGGAAACAUGGAAAUCAUGUGCUGGACUUUCGGGUGAUCUAGUAAAAUCUGGAGAAAAAGUUUAUUACUUUCCUCAAGGACAAUUAGAGCAAUUGGAAGCGUCUAUGAACCAAGAUAUGAACCAUUUGAGGCAAUUUAAUGGCGAUCUUCCGUCGAAAGUUCUAUGUCGUGUUAGUGGUUAUCAGCUUGAGGUGGAAAAAGAUACUGAUGAAGUAUACCAGAUUACUUUGAUGCCGGACUCCAUGAAAACUGCAAUUCCUAUUCCCAAUAAUGUCAACCGUCGAUUGCCAGUAGUUCGUUCUUUCACAAAGGUCCUAACUACAUCAGAUACAAACGGACAUAGUGGAUUAUCUGUGCUGAGAAGACAUGCAACUGAAUGUCUUCCUCCGCUGGAUAUGUCACAACCAACACCGACUCAAGAGCUAGUCGCUAAAGAUCUCAAUGGUUCAACAUCGUUGAAUCUAUGGACUCCGACAUUAACUCAAGGCCAAGAAAUUGGACAAUCGAGUAAGAGCUACCCAAUAAGUGUUGCUCAGCUUAGUUAUGAUAACUCAACUGAAGAUCCAAAGAUUCCUUCUGGUUGGCUAAUGAGCAGCUGCGAGGUGCAUAUGCAUGGUCUAAGUCUAUGCAGAGCGAUAGAUUUAACUGUUCUUGAUGGAUACAAUGCGUUGAUGAAAGAAUUGGACAAAAUCUUUGAUCUCAAAGGCGAGCUGUGUGCCGGCCAUUUAUGGGAAAUAGUCUAUAUAGACAAUGAAGGAGAUAUGAUGCUAGUCGGGGAACGAUCCAUGGCCGUGUUUAAUUAUGAGCAAGUUAUGUCAAGAGAAUAA